GAUGGAUUAAUCUCAUUGAGUAAUAAGCUUGAUCUUAAAUUCGACAAAUCGAAAAACUUAAUAACAUUGCUAGUUAAAUUAAAUAGCACUGCUGUUUUGCUAAAACCCGGCAAUAAGACGGCAGAAAGUGGUCUAAAGAAAACGGAAUGGGUUUUGUUCACUGUAAACAAUCAAAAUAACACCUUCAAGAUGACCUCACCACAUUUACGCUCUGUGAUCUUGCGGUAUUUCUUAAAGUAUUGCUCAUCAAACGAAAUACUAAAUCAUGAUGCUGUUUGCAUCUUUUACAAGGAAAAUAUCAGGUUGGCACCUUUGCAUUCGCGCAAGAAAGCACAAGUGCCUGUUGAUGGAUCUUUUAACGUAUUGGGAGCGUAUACUAACAGCAGCUUCCUGGCAUUUUCACAUAUUGGAUUUCAUCAAUAG